CUCUAUAGACUCAACAAUUUACAGUGAAGGCAAUGUCAAGUACAUUACAACUAAAGCUUUUCAGAAGAUAUCACUGGACAACGUUAAAACAACAUUUCAAGAUAUCCUGAUCAGUGUCACUUCGAGGAUUACGUCACAAUAACUGAUUUCACAAUGCGUGCUUCCGAGACGUAGCGCGAGUGCUGGCUAUAAAAACGGGUCGAAGGCGUGUAUACGGUUAGUGCGUUGACCAGCGAUAACAGAGAAGAAGGCAAGAGACGAGCAACCAGCUAUCAGAGAACAUCGAUAGGAUCUCUCAAGUGAAGCAAGCUACAACCCUAAGUGCUUUUGGUGCAACCUUGAUUACGGUGAACAAACCAUAAUUACGAGAUGAAACUCCUAACCUAUAUUGCCUUUUGUGGAUUGUUGAUGACUCUGGCGAUGUUCGUGGAUGCAAUGCCUAGCCUCCAAAUGGCUGGACUGCCGAGCAAAGUGAAAAGGGAAAAAACGGAGGUCCUUCCCACAAGUACGACAACGAGUGAAGAAGAUCAUUUUGGAGAAGGAUGGGGCUUAACAAGCUCGUUUGGCGUGGAAGAAGAUGACUCUGGUGAAAUUAGCCAGGGACCAAAAUCUUCGAGCCCUAUCUUAACUAGGCCUACAGAUGCACCCAGGUCUGGUGGAAAACAAGGUGCUCACACUUUCAGCGCUUUGAAUGACACUGAUCAUCAGCAGGAAAAGAAAGGAAGGAAGAGAGCGCGAAGGCGCUGUUCGCCUGGUCACUUUGGUUGCCGUCGGCCGACCAAAGCACCACCCAAAAGAGUUCGUCACUGAUUUUGUCUCAAAUUUCAUAGACAUUUGCAUGAUAUUUAAACAUGUAUAGAUGUAGUUGUUAACAAGUGACCAUAAAAAUAAUUUAUCCUCUGAAUGAGAGGAAAGGAUACUGUUGAAUUAUUUUCUAAUCAUAAACUUGAGCACUGAAAUUUAGUGGCCAAAAAUGUGCUGUGUACUUUUCACUCGCGAACUGCUGGCAGAGGGAAGUAAUAAAGGAAGCUUUGAUGUGAUCAAAGUGUAUUUAACUGUAUAGUUUUUCGCUUAGUAAAUAAUGCAAAUUAAAUUUGUUGUACAGUUUACAAGAGCAUGGAAAAAUAGAGAAAUAAUAAAUGUUUCACUACAAAUUUACUCAUUCA